AAGGUCACCAAUGUGCCUGCUUCUGGAAAGGGGUGGGCACUGGGGAGGUCGACGGCGUCAGUGCUUGGAUCUGCCACAAUUAGUUGGGUUGAAAUAAGAAAGUGAAAGCUCAGGAAAUCCUGAGAAACCCUCUUCCCUUUUUUGGAAGGUGCUACUUAGCGGGGCACGGGAAAACCCCAGAUCCCCCCAAAUCAAUUGAGGAGCUGGGCGGCGAAGAGGGAGAAGCGGCCGGGCCUGGUCCACGGCGCCCUGGGGUAGGAGAGCCAUGGAGAAGUUUCGGGAGGUGUUGAACCUGCACCUCAAACACCGCAACGCUCUGGGCUACUGCCUGGUGAGCCUGCUGACGGCGGGCGGGGAGCGCAUCUUCUCCACCACGGUGUUCCGGUGCCCGUGCAGCGCCGCCUGGAACCUGCCCUACGGCCUGGUCUUCCUGCUGGUGCCGGCGCUGGCGCUCUUCCUCCUGGGCUACGUGCUGAGCGCGCGCACCUGGCGCCUGCUGACCGGCUGCUGCGCGCGGGGCUGCGGCGCGGGGCUGCGCGGGGCGCUGGUCUUCGCGCAGAUCAGCGCCACGGCCGCGGUGGCGCCGCUCACCUGGGUGGCCGUGGCGCUGCUCGGGGGCGCCUUCUACGAGUGCGCCGCCAGCGGGAGCGAGGUCCUGGCGCGGCACCUGUGCUUGGGCCGCGACCCGCGCUGCGCCGCCCAGCUGCCGCUGGUGCCCUGCCAGCAGGCCCGGGCGCCCGACGUGAAGGAGCUGCAGAGCGAGCUGCAGAAGGAGCUCACCGCCCACUCGCAGGUGUUAGGCUGGGUCCUGAUAGCCGUUGUCAUCAUCCUCCUCCUGAUUUUUACAUCAAUCAGUCGGUGCCUGUCUCCAGUUAGUUACCUGCAGCUGAAAUUUUGGAAAAUCUACUUGCAACAGGAGCAGCAGAUUCUUAAAAGUCAAGCCACAGAACAUGCAACGCAACUGGCAAAAGAAAAUAUCAAAUGUUUCUUUGAGUGCUCACAGCCACAGGAAUACAACACUCCAAGCAUUAAAGCCUGGCAGCAGAUUUCAUCACUAUAUACUUUCAAUCCAAAGGAGCAGUACUACAGCACUUUGCACAAAUAUGUGAACAAAAAACAGAAGAAUCAAACUAGCACGUCUUCUGAAGAAGAUGCAAUGGUUCCUGUUCUUGGUUUUGUAGAUUCAUCUGAUAUGAACAGCGUUGCAGACUUAUGACCUUGUUAAUGAAUGGGAAAAGAAAGCUCUUCUGAAUUAUUGAUUCCUUUAAAAAAAAAAAUGUGGGUAUUGUUUAUGACUCCUCUGUUUGAUCUUCCAAGUUAUGGGAACAUAGAAUAUUAAAUAAAAUAGAAAUUUAGAACUUUAUCUCUCUAUUAUUUUAUUUAAAAAGUAAGCAAGGUUAAAUGGUUCACUUAAUGUGACAGUUCAAUUCAUAUCAGUUGCUCAGUAGUGUCCAACUCUUUGUGACCCCAUGAACCGCAGCAUGCCAGGCCUCCCUGUCCAUCACCAACUCCUGGAAUUUACCCAAACUUAUGUCCAUUGAGUCGGUGAAGUUUCAGCUUCAAUAUCAGUCCUUCCAAUGAACACCCAGGACUGAUCUUUAGGAUGGACUGGUUGGAUCUCCUUGCAGUCCAACGGACUCUCCAGAGUCUUCUCCAGCACCACAGUUCAAAAACAUCAAUUCUUUGGUGCUCAGCUUUCUUUAUAGUCCAACUCUCACAUCCGUACAUGACCACUGGAAAAACCAUAGCCUUGACUAGACGGACCUUUGUUGGCAAAGUAAUGUCUCUGCUUUUUAGUAUGUUGUCUAUGUUGGUCACAGCUUUUCUUCCAAGGAGCAAGUGUCUUUUAAUUUCAUGGCUGCAAUCACCAUCUGCAAUGAUUUUGGAGCCCAGAAAAAUAAAGUCAGCCGCUGUUUCCACCGUUUCCCCAUCUAUUUGCCAUGAAGUGAUGGGACUGGAUGCCAUGAUCUAAGUUUUCUGAAUGUUGAGCUUUAAACCAACUUUUUCACUCCCCUCUUUCACUUUCAUCAAUUUGCCUCUUGUAGCAUAGGGGCCAUUAUUUAGCGCUGGUCAGCAGAAUGG